AUGGACGACAAAGUUCGUCUGCUGUCACAGUUAGUCCCUGGGACGCUCCUCCUCCAACACCUGAAGACUUGUAAGUUAGAGACAACUGACUGCGGUUUGUGCGCUGUGCACGAAGCUUGGAAGUUGUACAAGCGAGACUGGGUCCGGGCCAUUCUCAAUGAUGGCGUCAUCGCAGUGGGAUGCUCCACUUGUUGUAAAGCAGGAUUGGACGGUCCUUGGGGGAAUUUUAAACAGAAGCCCGAGGCUGUUCUGCGAAAGUUCUGCUUAGAUAGACAUGAAAAUUCGAAGGGUCAUCAAGCAGCGUCCAAAAGCCAGUCCACGGACUCAGCUUUGCAUCUUGCGCCGUCGCAAGAGUCCUUCGAAGAAUUUCUCACUCAGACUUUACAAGGUCAGUCAGUGAGAGAUGGAGGCGUGACCUCAGAUAAGCGCAUCAAGAUGCGCUGGGCCUUGACUGAAGCGAUCCUUGCAAGGAACCGCAAACUGUUGGCAGACAGUCAAUCGAUGACGUUGCUUCGAGAUGAGCGAAAAGGCAAGCUCUUAGUCCGCUUUCGAGCGGUUCUACGAGACCUGUCAACCGUAAGCGGUUGUUUCGGGUUGUUGCCAGUCAGUGGCUCAGCGGACAGCAUUGCCUUGGCUACAGACACUUUGAUGGAAGCUUAUUGCACUCCAAUGAGGCAGCCACCUCGAGCCUCCUGUGUGACAGAAUCGUCUGUGGAUCAGGCCUUGCUUCAGCACUUGCGACAGACAGUCACAAUCAUUGUCACUGACGCGGCUGCUUCUGAACAGCUUGCGACAGAUUUGCAGCGUGGCCGGCGUGAAUUUGCAGACGAAAGCGGCCAAGCGACAAUGAAGAACGUCAGACUUGUAGGUCGUGAUGCGGCCCACGCCAGCACACGGCUCCUCAAGCGGCCCUUCCAGGCAUGCUCCGAGCUGAAGUGUGUCAUGCAGGAGUGGUGUCACGGCAGUGACAGUUUUGCGCAGAAAGUCCAGCAUAGCCCUGUCUUGGCCCAAUGGUGGGCAGCAGCCGUGGAAGGCCCGGGCAGCGACGAAUGUGAUUUUGGAAGUCUGACAUCCUUAUCUGCGGCCAAGCAUCGUUUUUCUUCAUACUUGAACCCUCUGUCUCGCAUUUGCAAGAAUAUGCAGGCUGUGUUCAAAGUGUGUAGCCGGCUACAAGCCAUGAGAGGCUCGGAAGCUGCUUGGGCCGUUCAGUUGUGCCGAAAUUUCUCCGCUUACAAAGCCGUGCUGCUCACGAUGGCAGCUGAUGCCUGCGCCAUCAGCAAUGAUUACACUCGAGAAUGUGAUCAGGAAGGGAUGGACGUUGCUCAGCUCAACUUGCGGGCUCAGCAUUUCAUUUCUUCGGCCAGGGCGUUGUUUGUGGAACGUCAAGUGUGCACCUUGCCAUCCUUUACAAAGGAUUUUUUGUCCAGAAAAGAGCCAGUUACCGUGAUGCAAGACGGCUUCGCUUUGGAAGUGCGUGAGUGGACGGCUCUUGCAGAAGAAGUGGUCGCCCGUGAAUUUCCUAGCUGGCAUUUGUUCGCAGCCUUUGAAGUCUUUCACUUGCCAGAUUCCAAGGAAUCUCGAAAGCUGAACGGCGAAGACUUGGAAAGGAACUUGGCCAGGUUGGCUCAAGCUUUCAAAGUGUCCACGGACCAACUGAAACGAGAGUUCACACAGAUGCAGCCGACCGCUGCUGCUCUCAAGAAAUCCGCCAGUUACUCGAACCGGGAUGCUUGGAGGCAAGCCGUUUUGCGAGUGGGAGAACGAAGUCCGGCACAAAAAGCCCCCACAACUGCGCUUUGCACGGUUCUGGCGAGCUACCUGGCUUGGACUGCGUCUAGCAGUGGGGUGGAACAAUUGUUCAGCACAUUGAAAAAUUCACCCACUGAGCAGUCCAAAGCAACGGGCAUGGUUUUGGACACAGACAGGCGCACAGCCAUGGCCAUGGGGGACUGUCAUGCUCGCGAAGCAAAGGUUGCGGCUGAAAUUGUUUCAGAAGCUCGCCGCAUUUAUUGCACUUUGCUGCGAUCCGGCAUCUCUCGCACCACUACCCAGAAACGUUUCGACAAAGGUCGACCAUCCACUGGCCGCAAAGGAUCUCACGCUCAGUGGGAUCGGGACAGGAAACAAUCCUUGGCCACGGCCUUGCAAGAUUUGAACACGCCUCCGCGAGCAGCAACCGCUCCCAUGCUCACGGAGUCUGCUGAAAAGGAAAGAGAUUUCCAAAGAAAGAAAGCAUUCAAACGGAAGGCUGAAGCCUUGUCUGAUGGUUUACUUUUGGCAGAUGAGGUGACACCGGCGCUGGAAAGCGCAGCCAGCAAAAUGGCUAAGGCCAACCAGCAAGGCGAUCGCCAGCGAAAAAAGAAACGUCUGGGUUACAUUGCUGAGUCGAAGAUGGCUUCCGCGAAGAAAUCUUCAGUUUGGGCAAGUCAAGGCCUGCAGGGUCCUGUUUGGUUGGAUCCCCGCUUGGGCACCCAUACGCAAGCUGUCCAGCGCAAGUUGCACACUUUGGGCGUCACUUCGCAUUCUCAGGACAUGCAGCAGGCCAACUUGCUCGUUCUGGCGAACUUCGGGCAAGUCGAGGACAGAGUGAAGGUAGCGGCGGCUCUGCAAGGAGCUGUGGUUCUGUCAGCUGCUGUUCUCUUAGGCAAGGGAGGUGUCAAGCUCACCUACAACAGAGGUCUCCGCAUUGAAGCCGCAGUGUUCGUGACUCAGGCCUUUAAGAUAGAGCAGCCUGCUCUUACAGCUUUGCUUCGGGUCGCGUGCGCCAAUGGUUGGCUCGCGGUGAAAAUGAGCGAUCUGAAGGGUCGUGGCAGAAAGCCGAGUUUGCUUUUACGGGGGAAAGAUGAAGUCGUCCAGGGGGUCAUUGUCCUCGAGCAAGUGUCUUCCAUUCUUCAGAAAAAACAUGAAAAGGUUUGGAAUUUUAUCCUCAAGACUUUGCGAUCUUUGAACUAUGAUUUUGUCUACAAGGUGAUGAACACUCGAGAACUCGCCGUGCCGCAAAGCAGGCCAAGGGUGUAUCUUCUAGCAGUGGUGCAAGAAGUCGGGCAAGGUACUCUGGCCCUACCAGAGAAACGUUCCGUUCCAGUGGACUUGCAUCAUUUCCUCAGAAAGGACCAAGUUGGCACAGAAAUUUUGCAGCUUCCCAGAUACGAGCAACUCCUGGGAAAAGAAUUGUGGCUGAAGGGAUUUAUAUUAGAUGUGGGCGCAAGCCCACGUUGGCAGCAUGUGGUCCGGAACGCAGCACCUUGUCUGAUUAAAACCCGAAUGGCCCAGCAGGGAUAUUAUAUCCCAAAACUGCGAAGGAGGCUUUUGCCGGAAGAGGCUGCGGCCUUGCAAGGUGUUCCUGCUCGUGUCUUCGCCGCAAUGAGUGCUGCUGCAAAGGACAAUAACAUUCCUUUGUCAGCAGUCGCUGGCAGCCUGGGAGAUGCCAUGUCUGUAAAUGUUUUGGCCAGUGUUUUGAUGCGUGGUUUGAAUCAUGCUGGUCUUGCCAAAUUUGGCCCAAAGCAAGACUACUGGCGCCUGGUCGAGAACGGACCAUCUGCUGCUCAGCUAAGUGAUAAUUUGAAGCAAGCUGGGGGAAUCCCAGUGUCCUUUCACCAUCUGCGUUAUGAAGUCAUUGACGAGAGGGCAUGGGUCGGAUGGACUGCGGUGGUCGAAAAGGAGUGGGAAACGCGGCUGUGUUUGUUGAGAAAGGAGUGGGUAUUGUCGAAAAUGGACAUCCCCAAUGUGAGUUCUUGGCGGCUCAACAAAGCCGAGAACCAAGAGUUGCAAGACCGGGUGAUAGCUGGUGAGACUGAGUUGGACGUGAAGCGUGAAAUUCAAAAACGCAAGGCCGUGGCUUGCGAGGAGCGGAAAAAAGCAGCAGCGGCCAUUGCUUCAAAGCCAGGGCCCUCGGCGGGGAAAAAAAAGAAGGAGCCUAUUAUUGCCACGGCUCCCAAUCCCAGAGCAGCUUCCAAUUUUCAGACUGAGUCAGACCCGACCAAUGCUGCAUACUACGCAGCUGUCGAGUCGGAUUUGCAGACAAUUUUGAAGGAAUUCCCUGGCUUGGAAGAUGAAGCACCGCUUCCUUUGUCUUCCACAGAGACGGACAAGUCCCAGUCCGGUGUGCAGGAGCCAUACAACUUGGAGAAAGGCAAGAACGCCUUGCAGUUGCACCAAGUGUACCGUUGCUGCAUGUCCCUCUUUGCCUUGAACGUGGUGGGGUCACCAACCCCUGGCAUUCCAAUGAGUCGAAGAAGGGUCCUUGACAUGAGCGCAUUUUACUACCCGAAUUCAGCCCCUGCCUACAUGACAGGCCGGCAGGUCGAAGUGUGGGCAGACAGACACGCCUUGAGCGAAAAGCCCAAGAGUUUGCAAAUGGUUUCCCCCGAGGAACUCGUUCACAGCAUGAUUGCGGCUUGCGCUGAAGCCAUUCGGAAGAAGGGCGACAUGAAAGCUGACCAGUGGGACGCCUGGCGUGCCAAGUGGAAGAGUUGCUUGCUCAGCAUUCCGGUCUCUAUCUUGGACUCCGGCUCUGAGAACGAGCCUGACCGUGUGUGGGUCAAGGCCUUCAACCGCCGACAGACCGUGAGACAGGAGCACGAGUCGUUGGUUCGCACUGCGAUGCAAACUGCGCUCGAAAUCGACCAGUUUCGAGUGAUUUGUGAAAAUCAACCGGGGUGCAAGGGGCGGCUUCAGCCCGCCCAACUGGCAGAAGAAUUUGUCAAGCUUGGGGUAGCCUCGGUGCAGGGUGGCACUCGAAAAGAUGGUGAAGACGAUGGGCGCCUCACGGCCAACCUCAUCAGUCAGGCCCUGGCAGUGAAAAAAGGCAUUUUGGGUUCACCGCGAGCGGUGGAGAUUCUUUUGGAGAUGGAGGCUGCUUAUGGCACCAGGAGUCCGUUUCAGCACAUGAGUCGGUUGCAUGCGGCUUCGACGAAACCCUCCACCCCGCACAUGCGAGAUUGGGUGCUCGAGUCUCUGUGGGACUGCCUGCAACAGAACGCAUUGCAAGCUGGUGACAUCACUAAAAGCUCCUUGACCGGCGACAAGCAUCACGCGGGCCUGGUGUGUGACCACUUCUUUGACAUUCUGCUGCCCAAGAGCGGGAUGCCAGAACCAGAUCGUCAGCUUCUGAAAGAGAAGACCUCCAAGCACGACGUGUACAGGGCCAACUCUGGCGACGGUGACUGCUCCUGGAUGUCGCGCUUGAACAAAUCUGCCAUUGAAACGUUCCGCCUGCUGGAGGACCUGGUCUUUGGCCGAAAGUUUGACAACUCCUUGAAACAAAGUUGCAAAGCCUGUGCUGUGGCAGAGGCAGCUAUGGAGCAUGAAAAUGUAUCGUCGGAAUGGAACAAAAUUCUCGGCCUUCUCAAGAACGAGGAGAUUGAGCGGAAGACAGCGCAAGGGCUGAUGGCCGAAAAGGAGGAGGGCGCAGGCGAGGCGUGCGAGCUCGAGCUUCUGCGAAAGCCGCCCCAGCAGCAUUCCGAAGGUUCCGAGAGUUACUGGAAAGCAGUGGCUAACCAAACAGUGAGAACCUACUGCUGCUUCAAUCCAGAACCUAAGACCUUGGAAGGAAUGAUCUCGUGGACUUCGAGUGUGCUUCAAGAAUUCCACGGUGAAGUUGGGAAGAGCUGUGUCUUGACGCACUUGGACUUGGACGCUUUGGGCGAGAGUUUGGGGCCCAGUCAGCAAGCCCUGCUGAGGAAGCGCUACAACCCUGACAGUGCCCUCCUUCGCAAGUUAGUCCAUGGAAGCAUGAUUGGCAGAAACGCACAGCGCAAAGAAGAUGAAGCAACGUGCCCUGCCGAAGGCGAGUUGUUGAUGGUGCACACCGGGUUCGACAGAACGUCCAAGGACAUAGAGUCGCUCUUUCGCCCGUCGACUGCUCGAAAGGAUGCUCCGUUGGAGGCAGAGCUGAAGGAACUGAUGAUCGUCUUCACGGACAAGUCCAUUCGAAGUCGUAAGAAGAAGGUUCGUGGUUCCUAUACGACCAGGUCCCAGGCCUGUCUGAUUUCUGCCGUGCCCUUUGCAAACCUGCUUCCAGAGAAAGCCUACCCGGAAUUUGGUGGCCACAACACCGCAGACGUGUUCUUCGGUGUGACAGCCCUGCAGCCGGAAGAGCUUUUGAAAGAAAAGGAAGAGAUUCUGGGCGCCGACCGGGUCGUCUCUGUCACAGAAGCUGCAAUGGAGAAAGGGAAGUCACAGGACGUCCAAGCUGCGACUGAGAGUGUCUUCAGCGGGCCGGCUUUGCCUCAGGCCUUAUACAGGAGUUUUCUGAAGGCGCACAGCGUCAAAGCCGUGCUGGAUUUGUCGAGCUCGCAGGGUGAAUUAGCGAAAGCAUGCGUUGCUGAACGCAUUCCUUUCGCAGGGCUGACUCUGUCAGAGCCCCACUCCACCAAGUUAGAAGUCAUGCUGACGGAGUUCGUCCUGUCACUCAUGCAGUCGGAAGGAAGCACGUACUAUCGUGCAGAUUCCUCGGCCAUGGCCUCGGAAGUUUCCAAAAAGCGCAAGCACACUGGAGAGGAGGGUCAAGAGGACACAGGUCCAAAGCCCAAAACCAAGUCCAAGGCCAAGGCAAAAGCGAAAGGUACGCCCACAGAAAGCCAGUCCAAGGACACGGCAGCAGAGACGGAGGAAACGGAAGCGCCUGAGGUCGGCGAGGAGGACGACUUGCCUUGGUAG